AUGAGCCCGUUCUUCCAGUGGGCAUGGUCCAGACUCGUCGAUGAUGACAGCGAGUUCGACGAAGACGCUGUGGCCAGAGACACGGAGGAGAAAGACGGGCACGACGGCGCCAGCGUCCCGUCCAAGAGGAAAGCCAGGAACAGGAAAACCGUGGGCGUCACAAGCACGCUCAUCUACGUGGACGGCCUCUGCUGCCCGUCCGAAGUGCCGGUAAUAGAUCGCAUCUUGAGCCCUCUAGCGGGCGUCCAAGAAGUGGGCAUAAACCCCGCCACUAAGACAGCUACGGUAAGGCACGACGCCAGGGUGGUGGGCGGGACCGAGCUGGUUGCCGCGCUCAACCGGGCUGCCCUGGGGGCGCGCGUGCAGAAGCUGGAGAGAGGGGCGCCCGUGAAGCGCAUCCCCGCGCGCCUCUUGGCCGCAGCGGCGCUGCUGGCGGUGUCUGUGGCGGGCUACCUUUUGAAUUCAUGGAGCGUGCACAGGGUCAGCGCGGUGCUGUCGCUGCUGCUCACCUCCCCGAAGGUCCUGGUUCGUGCGGCCUCUGGAGUCACACGCUGCCACCUGGACAUAAACACCCUCGUCCUGAUGGCCUGCCUUGGCGCCCUGGCGCUGGAAAACUUCUGCGAGGCAGCCACCGUUCUGGUCCUCUUCUCCACGGCGGAUUUCCUCGAGUCCCGCAUCACGCUGCGCGCGCGCGGGGUCAUAGCGGAGAUCUUGGCCCUCCGCCCCGAGGAGGCGGAGCUCUCCAGCGGCGAGCGCGUGGCGGCCUCCGAUCUGGCCGUGGGCGCUUCCGUCGUGGUGAGGCAGGGCGACUCGAUCCCCGUGGAUGGCGUGGUGACAGCAGGGGCACUGUUGGUGGACGAGAGUGCUCUGUCAGGCGAGUCCGCGCCUGUUCCCAAGGCCGUCGGCUCCAAGGUGUGGGCCGGGACCACAAACCUCAGCGGCUACGCCGAGGUGGAGACAACAGCACAGGGCAAGGAUUCGGCCGUGGGUCAGCUCGUGAAGAUGGUCGAGGGCGCCCAGGCGUUGCGCUCCAACACGGAGCAGACCGUCGAGAGAUUCGCCCGGCUGUACACCCCGUGCAUUUUGACCGUUGCUUUUUUUCUGAUGAUCGCCCCAUGGUUUGUGGCUCGCGAGCGUGCGCCCGAGUGUUUCUACAUGACCCUCGUCCUGCUGGUCGUCGCGUGCCCUUGUGCGAUGGUGAUCUCCACGCCAGUCACCUACAUGAGCGGGAUCGCAUGUGCAGCGACACAUAACAUGCUCGUUCGUGGAGGGGUACAUCUGGAAACCCUGGGUGCUGUUAGGAUGGCGGCUCUGGACAAGACGGGCACACUCACAGAGGGCUGCUUCCGGGUGCGGGAAUUCCAGAUGGUGAGCCCCGAUGCAGCGGGCAAGGGCGAGGAUAUCUUGUGGCGCUGGAUCGCGGCCAUCGAGGCGCGCUCGAGCCACCCUCUGGCGCUCGCGCUCGUGACGGAGGCGAAGCGGCGCGACGCAGCACAGCUGCCCACAGACGUGGCCGACUAUCGCGAGGUCCAUGGAGAAGGCGUCCGAGCCACUGUGGAGGGGGUCUGCGUCUCCAUCGGGAACGAGCGGCUAGCUGCUCGGAUGGGCUGGUCGACAGAGCUCCAUGUGGACAGGUGGGCCGAGGAGGGCGGAUCGGUCCUCUGGGUCGGCGACGACCAGAGGCUGCUCGCGGUGCUCAGCGUGGCAGAUGUCCCGCGACCAGAGGCCAAGGAUGCCAUCGCCGAGAUCAAGAGCAUGGGCAUUGCCGUGUCGAUGCUCACUGGAGACGGCCGAGGUGCCGCGAAAGCCGUGGGCGAGAGCACCGGCAUUGUCGACAUCAGAUCGGGCCUGAGGCCCGAUGACAAGAUCGCCGAGGUGUUGGAUUUGUGCAAGAGCUACCAGACGGUCUCCAUGGUGGGAGACGGCAUCAACGAUGUCCCCGCUUUGGCGGCGUCCCACGUGGGCGUGGCCAUGGGGGCGGCUGGCCGGGCGGCAGCGCUGGAGGCGGCGGACAUUGUCCUGAUGGACUCGAACCUCAUGCGCUUGGCCUUCGCGUUCCGCCUCGGCAGGUGCGUGCUGCGUAAGGUCCGACAGAACAUAGCGUUCGCGCUGGCCAGCAAGGUCGUAUUCGUGGCCUUCACCUUCUUAGGCCAUACGUCCCUCCUGGGUGCCAUACUGGUCGACCUGGGAUCCAUGCUGCUGGUGAUGCUCAACGGCUCGUCCGUGAUGCUCAUGGGUCGCGAGCGUCAGCGCACUGGCGUCCACGCGGAGGCCAGCCUCGUGGCCUCGAGCGCAAAGGCUCCCGAGGCCACGACACCGCCGCCUCGGCCUCAGGGCGCCGCCCCCUGGGCUGGCGGGCCUGGCGCUGUCCCGCCAGUGCCGCAGGCCGUCUGCACGGACCCACGCUGCUGCCCCGUGGCGCAGGGCCCGCUGCUCGCCGGCCUCGGCGGCGCGGCGCCGGCGCCGCCGCCGGCCGCGGGGGGCGCCUUCUGCGCGGCCUUCGGCGGAGCCCCGCGCGGCCGCCGGGGGCGCGGGAGGCCGCUGCCGCGCGCCCUCGGCAGGCCCGCCGCGGCAGCGCCAGCGGGCGAGGGGGGCGACCUCGAGAAGGGCGUCUGA